AGAGUCAGGACGCAUUGUUUUAGAAUGACCCGGUUCGGACCGAGAUGGUAUUUAAACCCGAGCUAACCACACGCACGAUGAACCAAAAACCGGAGUCGUAGUUUGGCGCCAAAUGCUCUCUCACACUUUCUCAGGGUUUCCGGAUACAACACUUUGAUCUCUCACUUCUCAAACUUCAAAGUGCACUCACCAUUGAUCCCCGUUACUUGCAAUGGCGGAACCUCGCCCACCUAAGCGUCCCAAAAUUAGCAGGGGGGAUGAUGAUUAUAUGCCUGGAAACAUUCUAGAGAUUGAGCUUUAUAAUUUCAUGACAUUUGAUUACUUAAAAUGUAAACCUGGGCCUCGGUUGAACCUCGUAAUUGGGCCCAAUGGUUCUGGAAAGAGUUCUCUUGUAUGUGCUAUUGCUCUUGGCCUCUGUGGAGAGCCCCAGUUGCUUGGGCGAGCCACGAGUAUUGGGAACUUUGUGAAGCGGGGGGAAGAGUCUGGGCACAUUAAGGUUACCUUAAGAGGGGACCAUAAAGAGGAGCAUAUUACGAUUAUGCGUAAAAUAAAUAUUAGCAAUAAGUCUGAAUGGUUCUUAAAUGAAAUUGUUGUGCCCAAAAAGGAUGUCGCUGAAACCAUUCAGAGGUUUAACAUCCAAGUAAAUAAUUUGACUCAAUUUUUACCGCAAGACAGGGUCUGUGAGUUUGCAAAGUUAACUCCGGUGCAACUUUUGGAAGAGACCGAAAAGGCUGUUGGUGAUCCACAGCUUCCAGAGCAACAUCGUGCACUAAUUGAUAAAAGUCGUGCAUUGAAGCAUGUUGAACUGUCUCUUGAGAAAAAUGAAGGAACUUUAAAUCAGCUGAAGGAACAUAAUGCUGAAUUAGAGAAGGAUGUUGAACGUGUUCGUCAAAGAGAUGAACUUCUUGCCAAGGCUGAUUCAAUGAAAAAGAAAUUGCCAUGGCUGAAGUAUGAUAUGAAGCAGGCAGAAUAUCGUGAAGCUAAGGAGCGUGAGAAGACUGCAGCAAAGGCAUUUGAGGAAGCUGCAAAAUUAUUAAAUGAACUUAAAGAACCUAUUAAGAAACAAAAAGACGAGAAAGCUGCAUUAGAUGCAAAAUGCAAAAAGGUCAACAGCCGAAUAAAUGAGAAUGCCAAAAAGAGAAUGGAACUUAUUGAGAAAGAGAACCAAUUGGACGUGGACUUACAAGGAAAGUACAAUGAGAUGGAAGGGUUGAGGAGGGAGGAAGAAACUCGGCAACAUAAAAUUAGAAAAGCUAGGGAGGAACUUGCUGCUGCGGAACAUGAACUUGAGAGUCUAGACCCUUAUGUACCCCCCAAGGAUGAACUUAAAAAACUGAGAGAAGAAAUUCUGGAGUUGGAUAUUUCUGCUGAUCAAGUGAGAGAGAAUAAGUCAGAAGCAGAAAAGAAAAUAAUGGACAAAAACUUCUCCUUGAAGAAGUGUAAGGACAGGUUGACAGAAAUGAAUAAUAAAAGUAACAAGUGUUUGAAUGCAUUGCAAAGAUCCGGGGUUGAUAAAAUUUUUGACGCUUAUAACUGGGUCCAAGCUCAUCGCCAUGAAUUCAACAAGGAGGUUUAUGGCCCAGUUUUAGUUGAGGUCAAUGUCUCAGACCAGUCUCAUGCUGGAUAUCUAGAGGGUCAAGUUGGUUGGUACAUUUGGAAGUCUUUCAUAACACAGGAUUCUCGUGAUAGGGACCUUUUGGCAAACAACCUACGACACUAUGAUGUACCAGUUUUAAAUUAUACUGGUCGUGAUAGCCAACAAAAAGAGCCUUUUGAAAUUUCUGCUGAUAUGCGUGCUGUUGGCAUCUACUCCCGUUUGGACCAAAUUUUUGAUGCUCCUUUUGCUGUCAAGGAGGUGUUGAUUAGCCAAUCUAAUCUUGAUCAUUCAUUUAUUGGAUCGAAAGAAACUGAUCAGAAAUCUGACGAGGUCCCAAAAUUGGGAAUUACUAGUUUAUGGACACCAGAAAAUCACUACAACUGGUCUAAGUCUAGAUAUGGAAAUCACCUCUCAGCAGUUGUUGAACAAGUGAAACGCCCGCAACUUCUUCUGAAUAAUUUAAAUGUGAGGGACAUUGAGAAUCUGAGCUCCCAGCAAAGGGAGCUUCAAGAAGCCAUUGCUUCCUUGGAAGAAAGUGUCAAAAGGUUUCAAGACGAGGAAAAAAGCUUCAGGAAGCAGGCUGCUAAUCUUCGUAAACAGAAGGAGGACAUUAGUAAUGCGGCACAGAAUGAGCAAAAAAAACGACAAGCAAUUAUUAGGCGUAUUGAACAAAAGAAAGGGAUAUUGAAAUUGAUGGAGGAGCAGGAUGAUUUAGAUACUGAGUUAGCGAAGCUUGUUGAUCAGGCAACAAAAUGUAACAUUCAACGAUUUCAUAACGCAAUAAAAAUUAAGGAUCUUCUUGUUGAAGCUGCGGGUUACAGACGGAGUUUUGUUGAACAACGCAUGGCUUGCAUUGAAUUGGAUGCAAAGAUUGGAGAAAUGGAGGCCAAUCUGAAGCAGCAUGAAAAUUGUGCUCUGCAAGCAUCAUUGCACUUUAAUAACUGUGAGAAACUAUUUAGAUUUUAAUUUGUAGAUUUUGCAAGAUGCAAGUAUGUUCCUAACUGUUUUUUUGCAGCAAAGAAAGAGGCUGAAGAAUGUAGACAGAAGCUUACAGAUUUAUUGAACUAUGCUAAGUCAGUUGCCCGACUUACACCUAACCUAGAGAAGGAAUUUCUUGAGAUGCCUACUACAAUUGAGGAGUUGGAAGCAGCUAUUCAAGAUACCAUUUCUCAAGCCAAUUCAAUCCUUUUUGUCAAUAGUAACAUAUUGCAACAAUAUCAGGAUCGUCAAAGAAAGAUUGAAGAUCUUGCAACAAAACUUGAUGCAGACAAGGUGGAAUCUAGAAGGUGUCUAGCCGAAUUGGAUAACAUUAAGGGAAAAUGGCUUCCAACUCUGAGAAACCUUGUGGCACAAAUAAAUGAAACUUUUAGUCGAAAUUUUCAACAGAUGGCUGUUGCCGGAGAAGUUUCACUAGAUGAGCACGAUAUGGACUUUGAUAAAUUUGGAAUACAAAUAAAAGUCAAAUUCAGAGAAAGUGGACAGCUUGAAGUUCUAAGCGCCCAUCAUCAAUCUGGAGGGGAGCGUUCGGUUUCAACUAUUGUUUAUCUUGUUUCACUCCAAGAUCUUACAAACUGUCCAUUUAGAGUUGUUGAUGAGAUCAACCAAGGGAUGGACCCAAUAAAUGAAAGGAAGAUGUUUCAGCAACUAGUGAGAGCAGCUAGCAAGCCAAAUACACCACAGUGUUUCUUACUUACCCCAAAGUUGCUACCAGAUCUGCAAUAUAGCGAGGCAUGCAGUAUAUUGAAUGUAAUGAAUGGCCCUUGGAUUGAGCAACCAUCAAAGGUCUGGACCACUGGUGAUCGAUGGAGUAUCAUUACCGGACAUAUCGGAGAGACCAUAUGUUAAAGUAAAAAAACACUGGAGUUUCAGCGAAGGGGAUCGAUAGUGCCUGUUUAGCAUUUUGUAUAGUUUCGUGGAGAUAGAAACCAAAGUGUGCAUUCGAGAGAAUGUGCUUUUGUUUCGAUGAUAGGAUACCUAACAAUGUAAAUAUAUUUACAAUUUGUUUAUGCUGUUAUGAUAUUUAACACCGUUACUCCUACUGACUUGUACAAGAUGGAUACAGUGCAUUAAGGGCUAUAAGCAAACAUUAAUUAGUUUGGAAGAGCAAUGCUAAAUAUUAUGAAAGUCUUUUAAAGAACGGCAAGAGGGAAGGAAUAGCUGUAUUAUUUAAAAGAAAUUAAAAACUAUUAUUUCCGUGGUUGACGAAAAUCACGCAUGGGUUAUGUAUGAUAUUUGUUUUGGUUCUA